ACAUCUGGUGGAAGGAUUGAAGCGACCUGCCGAGGUGCACUCCUGCUGCCUUCGGGGGCGCGGGAGCCUGGGGGCUGCCAUGGCCCCCGGCCACCUGUCAGUGCGGGAGAUGAGGGAAGACGAGAAACCCCUGGUGCUGGAGAUGCUGAAGGCUGGUGUGAAGGACACGGAGAACCGCGUGGCCCUCCACGCCCUGACCCGGCCGCCGGCCCUGCUGCUCCUCGCAGCAGCCAGCAGCGGCCUGCGCUUUGUCCUGGCCUCCUUCGCCCUGGCCCUCCUCCUGCCCGUGUUCCUGGCUGUGGCUGCCAUGAAGCUGGGCCUGCGGGCCCGGUGGGGCUCACUGCCUCCUCCAGGCGGCCUGGGGGGCCCCUGGGUGGCAGUGCGCAGCUCGGGUGAUGUGUGUGGCGUCCUGGCCCUGGCCCCAGGCUCCAACGCUGGGGACGGCGCCCGGGUCACCCGCCUCUCUGUCUCUCGAUGGCACCGCCGCCGAGGUGUGGGCAGGCGGCUGCUGGCCUUCGCCGAAUCCCGGGCGCGGGCCUGGGCGGGAGGCAUGGGGGAGCCCCGGGCCCGGCUUGUGGUCCCAGUGGCUGUGGCAGCAUGGGGCGUGGCGGGGAUGCUGGAGGGGUGUGGCUACCAGGCUGCGGGGAGCUGGGGCUGCAUGGGCUACACCCUCGUGAGGGAGUUCAGCAAGGACCUGUGA